UCUCUCAGUCUCCCUUCGACAGUGGUAGGGGACGUACACACUCCUCACAGCUCACGCACACACACACACACACACACACACACGCACGCACACAGACACACACACACACACACAUUAUGUAGAUUUUGAGUGUGCGUGUGUUCGUGUGUGUGUCAGCAAGAUGGUCUCCUAAUCGUAAUGACGCGAGAAGAAGAAGAAGAAGAAGAAGAAAAUAUAUACUUUUAACACUCCUCCUCCCUCCUCCUCCUCCUCCUCCUCCUCCUCCUCCUCUAUAAUGACUUGCAAAGCGCCCCCGCCCCUCCCCUCCAGGCCGCCCCCCAAUACAGGGUCACUCAAAAUCAUCAAGUCACCACAUAUUUUUGACGUUCACCAGGCGAUAAUCAACAAAAACACAGGGGAAAUAGAUAGAUUAGCACACACAGGCCUCGAUCUUGGCCAGCCCAUCAGAGGAACCACAGCUCUCUCCCUCGCUGUCUACCACGGCAACACUGAGGCUGUGAAAUGUUUGCUGUGUGCAGGCGCCCCCGUCAACAGGCGAAGCAAGGACCAUUUAGACAGGCUCGAGACACCUCUUAUCUCUGCCAUCAGGCUGGGACACCGGGAGAUUUUUGAAACCCUUGUGAGGAGUGGCGCGGCGCUGGACCUUCGGGACUUCUACAACCAGACGCCGCUGUGGUUCGCUGUGAAGGAGCAGCGGUUCAGUUUUGUGGUCCAUCUUCUGAAGUCUGGAGCGCCAAUUUUGUUCACGAAAGCGACAGAAAAUCCGCUAAAUUUAGCAAUGCAGUUUUUAGGGUAUAGGGGGCGUCGCGAGAUGGUUCUGGAGUUAAUCGCAGCCGGCCUCCCGUUAACCCAAGAGGACUAUAAGGGUCAGAACAGCCUAUAUUGGGCCUACACACACGGAGACCUGCCCAUCUUCACUCUCCUCAUACAAGCUGGGGUGAGAUUAAAAGCCUUCGAGUGGCUCAACCUAACAGCCAAUCAGAGCGCAGGAAAGGACUGGCGAUUUGAUGAAGGCGUUUCUGAUUGGCUGAGAGAGACGCUAACCAACCCCACAUCCCUUCUCCACCAAUCACGUCGCUUCAUUCGCUCCUAUUUAGUUAACAUGCAUGGAAGGGAUGUGAGACCCCUCCUGCGCGCCCUCACGUUGCCCCCCAGCCUACCCCUGCCCCCUCCCCUCCUGGACUGCCUCUCCCUACGCGCCCCCCUCGCCCAUGCAGCGGAAAACCCCCCGAAAGUGUCUGAGAGUAGGCAACCGCCCCCCAUACUGUUAUGAGAGAGAGAGAGAGAGAGAGAGAGAGAGAAUUUUACCGUCUGUGUGUGUGUGUGUGUGUGUGUGUGUGUGUGUGUGUGUGUGUGUGUCAACGUGUCCCAAACGUGUCUACCUCUCCAUUAGUGAUACGAAAUUAAUCAAAAUGGUGAUGAUGAUGAUGAUGAUGAUGAUGA